GUUCAGUCUUCUUCUUUCUCAUUUCACCAUCACUCGUCGUACAAGUCAGACCUCGAGCUCUCUUCCUACUAUGGCUAAUAUCAACUUGAAUAACUUGAUGCUAAUGCUCGAAGAUCCUAAUCCUGGGCUAAUGAUGGAAAUACCUGUAAGCUUGUUUAGGAAAUUAUUGCUGAAAGCAGCAAUCCUUGAGACACUGGUUGAGGCAAACGACGGCGGAGGUGGAGGCCAUGGCCCUGGCCCUGGACCUGGUCCAGGCCCCAACAACGGCCCCCCCGGAGACGGCCCGCCUGGAAACGGCCCAAGCCCCAGCCCUAGUACGGGUGGCGGGAGUAAUGAAACUCCAAUCUUCUCAUCAGGUAUAAUAAAUUUAGAUUCGUCAUCGAAGAAAAGAAGAGAAAAUAAAUGAUUUGUCAUUUCUCCGAAGCUCGUGUUUGUGUAAAUAGAUAUUUUUUAAGUUACUUUUUCCAUUUUUUAUUUCAAUUUUUUUCAGUUUUUUUUUCAGAAGCCAGCAGUUUUUGUUUUUAGGUGUUAAGGUUAUUUCAGAAGAUCGCAGUUUUUGUUUCCGUUAUUUUUUUCAGAAAAGUUUUUUGUUCGCAGUUUUUGUUUUUGUAAAUAGAGCAGUUUUUGUUUUUGUUAUUUUUUUCAGAAGAGUUUUUUGUUCACAGUUUUUGUUUUCGUUAUUUUUUUUUCAGAAGAUCGCAGUUUUUGUUUCCAUGGCGGCGGUGGCAACAGCAGCUGCAGCAGCAGCGCCCAAACGCUGUUCUCUCAUUUGCAAUUAAUUGAACGUUGCAAGUACUUCGAAGUCUAUGUACUCCAAAACGUGGGCGCCCUAGAAAAAACAUAGUAAGUGAGAUGGUAUUUAUAUUUCUUUCUUGUUUUUCGCAGUUAUCCAUUUUUAAUUUCAAUUUUUUCUUUUUUUCAGUUUUUUUUUCAUCAGUGGUUUUUCUUUAGUUUAUUUAUUUUUGUUUUUCGUUAUUUUUUUCAGGUGUUUUUUUUUUUUUAUUAGCAGCGGUAUUAUAGCUUGUUUUUUCAUUUUUGUUUUGUUUAGUUAUUUUUGUUUUUUCGUAUUUUUCCAAAAACAAAUUUACGUAGCGAGUGAAAUUUUCGUUUCGAAACGUGCGUAAUUAUUUCUUUUUCAAAGCGUACCAUACAUUUUUCUGUGUUAACUUAUCCUUGUACGUUUUUGAAAAAAUUGUUUAUUUAAAAAUUUCACUCACUACGUUUGUCAAAUCAGAUUGGACGUAAUUGGAUUCAAUUGUAGAUCCAAUGUGAUCCAUAUUUGAUUCGAUUGGGUAUGCAUAGACAUUUUUCGGUUAUGUUGUGAUUCAAUAAUUAUUAUUGGAUGGACAGUUGUUUUUUUAAAAUUUGGUUCAAUUGGAUGUAAUUGUAUCCAAAACUUUUUUUUUUGGCAAAUUGAGUAGCUCAGUUUUGAGGUAGCUACUGAAUUCAAUAUUUUAGACCCAACCUGAUUCAAUCGGAUAUUCUCAUUCUAUGUACUGGAUGAUCAUUUUUUCAGCAAUUUGGUCCGAUUUGGGUCCAAUUGAAU